UGCUAUAAUAUUUUGCUGCUUGCUAAGACUUGAAUCUUGAUGAGUGUAAAUGGUUCGUAGUUUAGUUUUAGUAGCUUAUUAUUAUUUUCAUACCUUUUAGUUUUUUGUAUUUACUUUUUUUCGUAAGUGUACAUUUAAUUUACAAAAUCCAAGACGUUAAACCUGGCCAAAAUCUAGAACAUAGUAUCUUCUACCUAGUACCUUGGUUUAUAAGUUAUUUUUGAACGUAGCAUUCAGUACAAUUUAAUUGUAUUACUGCUGUUAAUAUAAAUAUGGCUACAAAUUUAAUAAUAUUGGGUGAAAAUGCUGCUAGAAUUAAUGUGAAAGUCAAUCCUAAUAUGACUGUUCUGAAAGUAAUAGAAUUAGCCUGCACAAAAAUGAAGGCAAACAGCGAUGAUUUUGAUUUAAAAUAUCACAACAAAAUAUUAGAUACAACUAGUCUGAUCAGAUAUACAAAUAUUGCCAAUAAUGCUUUAUUGGAAUUAGUACCGGCUACAAAAUCUAGACAAAAUAGUUCUGUUGGUGUAUGGUUACAAGUAGAAGAUGGAUCUAGAUUAUCCGGCGAAUUUCCAUCCAGCCAAAAUCUAUGGGAAAUCAUAAAGAUAUUAUUGAAAGACAAUUUUUCUAAUUAUGAAAGUCCCGCUAUAGUUUAUACUAGAAUGGAAAUAAUUGGUAAAGAACAGUUGCAGCAGAAAACAUUAAAAGACAUUGGACUUGUUAGUGGCAAAGUCUUGUUAAGAUUACUUAAUAAAAAAGAAUCUGAAGACCAAGCUCAUGUAUAUGUACCUGCAGCAAGAAAACCAAAAGUUGAAGAACCUCCUAGAUUUUUAGGCCAUAGAGAAACAAACGCAAAUGAAUUAGCAAGUGUUGAAUCUGCAAAGGUCAUGGCAACAAAUCCACAAGAGUCCGUAGAUAUCAAACCAAAUACUGAUGAUAUAGCUGAAAAAUCUGAGUGUAUAAAUAUGUCAACAUAUCAAAAAAACCUUGAUAAUGAAUUUAAAGCAAAAGACAACAACAAAAAGCCUACUCUUUCUAAUGAAGAUCUCAAUAAUUUCAAGAACUCUAUAUCUUAUUUAGAUGAACGCGACACAUUGUUAUUUGACAUUAUGGAUGGUACUUCAGUGUUAUAUCAAGACGAAAAUGACGAUUUCUUUAAUCCAACUAUAAAAGAUAUUACUCUUGUACUACGAGAUUUAAAAAAUUCACGGGCUCAACUUGAAGAUGGCCAAUUGUGUACAAAUGCAAUGCGAGAAUUAGAAAAGACUCAAAAUCAAUUAAAUUUAUUACAUAAGUACAAAAAGUGUAUUAUUAGAAUACAUUUUCCAAACAGAUUAGUGUUACAAUCCAUAUUCAAAUCAACUGAAACUGUGUUUGACAUAAUUAAUUUUAUUCGAAGAUAUCUUAUUAAUGAGUCUUUAGAUUUUUAUUUGUUUACAACACCUCCUAAAACUAUUUUGAAACCUGAAGAUACUUUAUUGGAAUGUGGAUGUGUACCAUCAGCAAUGAUACAUUUUUCAUGUAGUAUGGAAACUGAUCAAUUAAAACCUGAACUCAAACAUAAAAUCGUGUCAGGUUGUCAAGCUUCAAUAGCUGCUUAUCUUGUGAGAAAAGAAAGAUUUUCAAACUCUUCAACUAAUGAAACUUCAAAUGAUGAACAGCCAGGGACGAGUAAACAAUUAGAAAAUCAAAAUACUAAAACGACUGUUUACUCUCAACAAAAUAAAAAAAAAGCAAAUAGUGGGAAGACGCCUAAAUGGUUUAAGCCUGUAUGAAGUUAAAGUUAAAUGAUUAACUUAAAAUUAUUAUUGAUGAUGUAUUACACAUUAAAAUAUUUUUUUUUAUCGAUGCAUUAAAAAUCU